CUCCUCCCAAUCAGGUCCACUUUUUUUCAUUCCAUGCCACCACCCUCUUCCACCACUCACAGCCUUUGCCACCGUCCACCGCCGCACGCCGCCGUAUUACUCCGGCUACAGAAUUUUGGUGUUGAUAUGGUGCGCACCCCCCUCGUGGGUGGUCUGACAGUGUUCACAAAUCCAGCAAGUCACGCUCCCACAGACACACACAGCACGUGUUCCCAAUAUGCAUUGCUAAUUUUCUAUACCAUUAUUGAGUCACUCAACGAGUCACACCGGUCCCACUCACUCACUUGCCACCAUUUCUGAGCUUCACUUCUCUCUCUCUCUCUCACACUCAGUGUCAAACACAACGCAAUGACGAGAAAGGUCUCGAAUUUAUCGGAUCUGAUCCAAAGGGUCACCGCGUCCUGCCUCCUCCACCCCCUGGCGGCGGCCAAGGCGGAGGACGAGUCGCCGUACGAGUCGGAAGACAACAGGUACGAGGAGGAAGAGGAAGAAGAGAACGAUGAGUACGAGGAUGUUGUUGGUGAAGAGAAUGGCGAUGAGUACGAGGAAGAGAGAAUGGUGGGGUUGAAGGCUCUGAAGAUGAAGCAGAUGGAGGCGCUGAUGGAGGAGGUGUUCGAAACGGUGUCGUUCAUGAAGAGGGCCUACGUCAGCCUGCAGGAGGCGCAUUCCCCGUGGGACCCAGACAGGAUGCGGGCUGCUGACGUGGCGGUAGUGGCUGAGCUCAGGAAGCUCGCCGUGCUCAGGGAGAGGUUCCGCCGGAGCGGGGGCGGGGAAGGGAGGAGGAAGGGGAGGAGGAGAGGUGGUGGGGUGGCGUCGGUGAGGGAGGUGGUGGCGCCGUACGAGGCGGUGGUGGAGGAGCUGAAGAAAGAGGUGAAGGUGAAGGAUUUGGAGGUGAAGAAUCUGAGGGAGAAGCUUGAUAGUGCUGCUGUUGCUUUGUCUAGUAAUGCAAGUGGUGAGAGGAAGCCUGGCAGGUCUUUGUCUAAGAGGAAACUCGGAAUUCAAGCAAUUGCAGCAGUACCAACCCCGGAACUCUUUGAAGCAACAAUGGUGCAAGUGAGAGAAGCCACAAAGUCUUUCACAUCUCUGCUGCUGUCUCUCAUGCACAAUGCACAUUGGGACAUAACAGCUGCUGUUCGUUCCAUUGAAGCUGCAACUGCCUCCACUGACAAAUAUCAUCAUACUUCUUCAACCACCUCCAUUGUCUCAGCUCACCAUGCAAAGUAUGCCCUUGAAUCCUACAUAUCCAGGAAAAUCUUCCAAGGGUUCGACCAUGAGACUUUCUACAUGGAUGGCAGCCUCUCCUCCCUCCUCAACCCUGACCAGUUUCGCCGUGAUUGCUUCACUCAGUACCGGGACAUGAAGUCCAUGGAUCCUACCGAGCUUCUUGGAAUCUUGCCAACAUGUCACUUUGGAAAAUUCUGUUCCAAGAAGUACCUUGCCAUUGUCCAUCCCAAGAUGGAGGAGUCCUUGUUUGGGAACUUGGAGCAGCACAGUCAAGUCCAAGGAGGACACCACCCCAGGAGUCAGUUCUACAAUGAAUUUUUAGGGGUGGCCAAGACAGUGUGGUUGCUUCAUUUACUGGCAUUCUCGUUGAACCCUGCACCAAGUCAGUUUGAGGCAAGUCGUGGAGCUGAGUUCCAUCCACAGUAUAUGGACAGUGUAAUAAAAUUUUCAGGUGGGCGAGUGCCGGCUGGUCAGAUUGUAGGGUUUCCAGUUAGCCCUGGAUUUAAGCUUGGGAAUGGGUCUGUUAUAAAGGCUAGAGUUUAUUUGAUAGCCAAAACAUAAGGUUUUACCAAGGGGAAAUUCUUUUUGCACCUCCUUUUUUUUUGUUGCUGCAUCCCUCGUUUUUUCUUUACAUUCCAGAAAUUAGUUUUCUAUUACAAUUUCGAAAACUAAUUUUUAGAAUGUAAGAAAACAAAUGCAGGAGAAGGGGUUGUGGCGAAAAGAGAGGGUGCAAAUAGAAUCACCCUUUACGGGGUCAUGUUUUAAAGGAAUUGAUUUAGUGAUCCAAAUAUUUCCCUAGCAGGAUUGUUGAGCAGUUGAUGUAAUAUGAAAAUCCUUAGGCUAGGUUAUUGAUUUCCAGGUGAUUCAGCUUUAACAGGGGAUAUCUUGACUGGUUAGAGUCUAA